UUCCGGUUGUCAGCUGAUAGAUUCCCUUUUGCUUUCCAAAACCUAUUUCGAUUUUCGCAAAGAAAGAAAACGUCAGGCACCAUUCAACAUGGGCUUAAAAUACGCGAUCAACAGCUAGUUAUAGCUAAAAUAUUGUUCUAAUUGUAGUGUUAUUGUUAAUAUAGUUUCGUUUUACAUGUACGUUGUGUAACUUUAUAGUCGAAAAUGGAUACGUUUAUCAUAGGAUACCUGGGUUAUGGCGUUUGUUGAUCAUUAAAAAAUUACAUUUGGUUCAUAGUUUUCUUUAUAUUUGAUGUCAGCUUUUUGUUUGUAAUCGUCUGUUUCGUUCGUAUUUACGUGUAUUCUGAAAAUGGUGAAGGAAAAACCUAAUUCAAUUCGGAUUUACGACGAUGAAGGUUUCAGACGCCGUGCGGCGUGUAUUUGCGUGCGUUCGGACGCCGAAACAGAGGUACUUCUUGUGACGUCGUCUCGCCGCCCAGACAACUGGAUAGUGCCCGGUGGCGGCGUGGAGCCGGAGGAGGAGCCCUCGGUGACUGCCAUGCGCGAGGUUCUCGAGGAGGCCGGUGUUAUCGGCAAACUCGGCCGAUGCCUUGGAGUUUUUGAGAACCGGGAGCACAAACACCGAACGGAGGUGUACGUGAUGACUGUGACCCAGGAGCUGGCCGAAUGGGAGGACUCACGGCUGAUGGGCCGCAAGCGGCAGUGGUUCUCUAUCGACGACGCUCUCGCCCAGCUGGCACUACACAAGCCCAUCCAGCGGCACUACCUGCAGCAGCUGCGCCGCUCCAAACAAAACAAGACCGACGACCCCGGCAGCUAAGCUAGCACCGCCCGCUCAUGAACAUGUACUCCGUUUUCACCUGCCUGCUUCUGGUGAACAAUCUUGACCCGUCUCUUGUACUUCGAUAAGGAUUUUUAUCCUAGCUAUCCUAUAAUAUUAUACUAGCUGACUCAGCAAAUGUUGUUAAGGACCCUACCGGCCACAUUUUUUUUUUCUUAAAAAGCUAUCCUAUCUCUCAAGUUGGACCAAAUAUUACACAUUUAUAAAAUUUCAUUAAAAUCGGUCAAGCAGUUUUGGAGAUUAACGUGAAGGAGCAUCGUGCGUGGAAUUUUUAUAUAUUAAGAUUUGAGUGCACUUGGCCAUAAUGUCACCUUAUUUAUUUAGUUAUAUAAUUUUGUUUUUUUCGUAAACAUAGGUACAGUUACAGUUAAACGUAAAUAUCAGGUUAUAGUGUACACAGACGGACUUAUUCUUUAAAAUAAUCUCUUCCAAUCAAUCUUGAGAACUCAAAAGGAGAAAGCGUCUAUAGGCUUUAUAUAUGAAGCGUAUGACUCAAAAAUAAAAUAAUAAACUAUUUAUAAGUUAAGUUCUCAAAAGACUAGACCGAAUUUGUGUUUUAUUUUAUUCAAUGGUUCAUAACUCGAUUUUUAUAGAAAACAACAGAUGGGUUCGAAGAUAUCUAAGUAGGAUACAUAUAACUGAUGACGGAUUGAGUUUGGACUCAAAGGGAAUGUACAUAAGGUCUACAUUAUUAUAACUGUCAUAAUUUUUAAACAUUUUCCUUUAACUACUUAUGCAACUUGUUAACCGCUAUUUCAAUAAUAGGAUUUAAACAAAAUGAAUGUUAAGAUUGUUUACUAAAACGAGCAAUUAUAGAGAAACGGACUUUAGUAAAGGUGUUCGCCACGCUUGUCAAUCGUAUAAGCACGUGUGAACUUUAAUGCUACAGAAAUAACUGACGGCCAUUUUGUAAACUGUUUAAUGAAUCAUGUUAUUUUGGUUGUUGCUACCACGUGCACGGGCGAACAUUCGUGUCAAGUUGUCGCCGUUUGAUGACUAAUUACAUGUCAUUUUUAUCAUUUAACCAAAAUUGGCUCAAAUUUUAUAUUUGAACAAGUACUUUUAGAAAUUGAUCGCGACAAAUCUUUUCAAUACGCAAAUACAAAAUUUCCCCAUACAUCCCAUGUAAUAUGGCGAUGGCGACGUCAGUUACUCUCUAAUGACGUCAUCCUUUAGCCAUUUCAGUGACCGUAGGCAGACGUCACUUUAAAGUCAUCAGCAUACUUUUUUUUUAUACAACUUAGAAUGGCAAACAAGGUGACGGCCCACCUGAUGGAAAGUGGUAACCGAUGCCUAUAGACAUGAGCAGUACCAUGGACAUAACAGAGUAUACUGUUUCGCCCAUGAUACCCCCCAUGCGUUGCCAUUCCUGAGGGCUCAGAUGUUAUUCCUCUGUACCCAGUAAAUUCACGCAUACCACUCGAGAUGUACAAUACGGUAACAUACGGCGAAACGCCGUGAACGUGGCCGCAGCAUAACUCAAUGUUUAUAUUAACUGUACAAAAAAUUCUAGUUUAGUAUAUAGGAAUAUGUAUAAAAUUGUCUCUCUUACUUUAGUAUUUUUGUGCUGUGACUGAGGUGUUUGAGCGUCCAUGGACAGAUUGAUGUGUGUGCUCCUUUGGCCAUUUGGUUUUUAUUUCUGUUAUAUUGUAAUGUUUAAAAGAUAUUCCGUCAUGACUAGUCACCUGAAUCGAUAUUAUGUAUAAUGGAAAAUAACAGUGUGUUCUCAACACGAACGAUAGUGGGAAAUUUGUAAAAGCAAAUAUUGUAGACGAGCGGUUUUUUUUCUUUUUUGGCGGCGGAAAACCGUUUAUAAACCGUUGCAGACACAAUAUAUGAUAAAAGUUCACUGCAAAAGACGUGGUUUUUCACGAGUCGAUACGGUUCACGGACGAGAGAAAAUCUACGCAAUGGACGUUUGCUGCGUUUCCUUCAGAAUGAAGACCUUGUUGGCUCAUACCAGCUUCAAUUAACAAGCUAUGAAAGAAGUGUUUUUUUUUUUUAUUAUCGAAUGAUAGCAGAGCGAAGACAUUGUGUUGUGUCGGCGACGGUUUACGAGCGGUUCUCCGCGGCGGCAGAACCGCCCGUGUGUUAAGGCUCUUACAGUAACGAGACGAACAAACGUGACGUUUUAUUAAUGUUGAAGUUGUGAGGUGAACACCUUUACCGCGGGCGCCGCUCGCUGCCCGCCGCACGAACGCUACUACGUAACUCUGUAAUACCUUUUUUCUACUUUACGUAUAUUUUUAUACUACGAUGGAAUAAAUGUUAAUUUUAUUUUGUUAGCAUUAAAACAAAAAGACACAUA